CCACUACGCAAACACCCGUAACUCCUUUCGCUCUCAUCGUUAGUAGUACAUUUCUUUCGCCAUGGUGGCUAAGGAGAAGAACCCAACCGUGAAGAACAAGAAACCCAACAAUGCCAACGAAGUUCACUACAGAGGGGUGCGCAAGAGACCAUGGGGCCGCUACGCCGCCGAAAUAAGAGACCCUACUAAGAAGAGCCGCGUCUGGCUCGGCACCUUCGACACAGCCGAAGAAGCCGCCAAAGCCUACGACACCGCCGCGCGCCAGUUUCGCGGCCCCAAAGCCAAGACCAACUUCCCCUCUAAUUCUCACCCCUCCAGCAACAACAACAACACCGUUAUCCGCGACAGCCCCAGCCAGAGCAGCACCGUCGACUCAGCCACCCCGGAGCGUGAACCCACGCGCCCUCGCGAACUUGCCGCCGCCGUCAUGGACCGCUUCCCCUUCCUCCCUCUCCAGCCCCAGCUCCUUGCUUUCCACGGCGCCGACCCCGUUCCGCUUCGCCCGGUUUUCUUUCUUGAUCAGACCGGUCGGACCGAGUUUCUGGCUCAGCGCUUCCCUGUCCGGUUCGAACCGGGUCCGAUCGAGUUCAACGGCGCGGUUCAGAGCGAUUCCGAUUCGUCCUCCGUUGUUGAUUGUCAACCCAAAAGAGAACUCAAUCUUGAUCUUAACCUAGCUCCACCCAUGGAUGCUUAAUUUUUUAACCCUUUUUUAAUUUUUUAAAUUCUUCACACCGUGCUUAGAAAAAAGUAGACAGCAGAAAGGACUAAGAUAAGAAGAAGUUUUCUUUCUUUAUUUUUUAUAUUGGGAAGAUUAAUCUUCUGUUAUUUCCAGGUUAGAUUAGAUGCUAAUUAGUACUUCCUUUGAUGUAAAUAAGUUAAUUUCCUGCUCUUUUAGUUCUUUGCCAUUGACAAAAGAACAUGAUCUGAAAUUGUUUAGCUCUGUUAUAAUUUUCUGUAACCUCUGAUAUGUAAUUCUGGCUAAUGAUGAUUUUCUUUUAAUAUAAAUUUCUGCUAUCCACUU